AUGAAUAUGGAUAUGGGAUCUUCCAGCUCUUCCAGCUCUUCGGGCAUGCACAUGCAUAUGGCCUCGGCCACGAGCUCCAUGGACAUGGCUACCGCAUCAUCUACCAGCUCUAUGGAUAUGGACAUGUCCAUGGACAUGAGUAUGAACUACUAUCUCACUACCCAGUAUCAUCACUACCCAGUGAUUUUCCACACAUUGCGUGCCGGCUCUGGAGCUGGAGCUUUCGGCAUUUUCUGUGUUCUCUUCUUUGGAGCCGUUUUCUUUAGAGGAUUAUUUUUCUUGAGCGCAUAUCUGGAACAACGUGUCUUCCACAACCUUACAAACGCAGUUUUGAUUCAGGAAAUAGACAAUUGUGCUUGUGAUCCCGAGGAGGACCAAAAAACUCAGCCCACCGGUGCUACUAGUGCUACUGGUGCUCCUGGUGGAACCCUGAACGCCAAAUCUCUCGGCUUAGGUAAGAUCGUCAAGCAGACGUUCUGCCCAGGACUGGGGGAAUUGAAAAGAGAUUUCAUUAGACUACUUAUCGCUUUCACUGCGGCGAUGUUUGGUUACGCAUUGAUGCUUGCAGCCAUGAGCUUUGUUCUGCUUUACUUCUUCGCAAUCUGUCUCGGAAUGGCUUUCGGAGAAAUUUUCUUCAACCGCCUGUCCAUCGUACUCGGAAUCAACAAAAACAGCUCCUUGUGCGGUUCGCUCCACUAG